CGCCGCCACCCCGAAUCCCUCCAGCAGAGCGCUCGGCGGCGCUGGCCAAGGUCGCUUCCCUCUUCUGGCCUCGGUUUUCUAACUGUGCGUCUUAGCGGGGGCCACGCUUCGGCUCCUCGAACAAGGGGUGCCCGGCGACCCCUCCGAGAGGCGAGUCAGCACUUCCCGGCCCCCAACCCACGGAGUGGGAGGCGGAUCCUGCUUCCGAUUCCGCCACGCGCCCUGGCCGGAGCCUGAGCGCUGUUUGCGGCCUCCUCCACCCGGCCACCACCUCCCAAGUCCUGGGACAGACCUGUCCGCCCCUCUGGGGCCGCAAACACCGGAGGAGUCACUGCAGCUUCGGGACGCACUGGGAGGCGCAGGCUGCAAGCAGGGCAAGCAAGAUUCAAGCGUGCUGGGGGCCCCGAGGAGCGCCCUGGAAUUCGCAACUGGGAGUUAGGGGACAAAGAGGUUGCUGCCCUCUCAUCAGUGCCGCGCCCCCCACCCGAGGAAGACAAUGAAUGAGGUGAAGGAAUCCCUGCGCAACAUCGAGCAGACGUACAAGCUCUUCCAGCAGCAGCAGUUCACCUUCAUCGCCGCGCUGGAGCACUGCAGGGAGAACGCCCAUGACAAGAUCCGGCCCAUCAGCAGCAUUGGGCAGGUGCAGAGCUACAUGGAACACUACUGCAACAACUCCACGGACCGGCGGAUUCUGCUCAUGUUCCUGGACAUCUGUACCGAGCUGAGCAAGCUCUCCCAGCACUUUGAAGCCCUGCACUCUGGCACCCCGGUCACCAACAACCUCCUAGAGAAAUGCAAGACCCUUGUUAGCCAAAGCAACGACCUAAGCAGCCUCAGAGCCAAGUAUCCUCACGACGUGGUGAACCACCUCAGCUGCGACGAGGCCAGGAACCACUACGGCGGCGUGGUCAGUCUCAUCCCCUUAGUCUUAGACUUAAUGAAAGAAUGGAUCGCCCACUCAGAGAAGCUGCCUCGCAAAGUGCUGCAGCAAGUGAGUGACCCCCAGGCGAACAACGACGACUCCUCCUCCUCCACCACUACCACCAUGGAGGAGGCCACCUGUCCUCACCAAACCACAGACACCCAGACGCAGUUACAAACAAAGCAACUUAGGGGACUUCUAAAGCGCAGCCUCAAACCUAGUCUGAAAGACAAAGGAUGUUUAAAACCUCCCUGGAGACCACCUGGUGGGAAACUAUAAACCAAAGCAAGUGACCUACUGAGUAAGGUUGGGGGCUCCAUUCUUUCACUGGGUACCCAGGGGCCGUCCCUUUUCAUUGGUACUAGGCCCUGCCACAUAGUAACCCCCAGAGGGACUGGCAACACACACCCCUGAGAAUCUCUCUCUCCUGUCUUCACUUGCUUCUAACUUUCCCUUGACUCUAGAGGUCAGGCUCUGGGCUUAUGGAAGAGGAGUCCCACUCACACCAGUUGCCAGGACAGUGUGUUGUUGAUAGAGGGUCUCAGGAAGGGUAACAAACAGAGUAAGGGCAGGUCCUUGCUAGACCCUCCCUGUGCCAGGCCUGCCCUGGCAGUGGGCUCUAGCUGAGUAACCAAGUUGGAGAAGACUACCCAGCUUCUCUUGGGAAAGCGGGUGUUCCCACCUCAUGGGUGGGAGCUGUUUUAAAGUCUGGCGUGUUGAAACAGCCUAUGCAUGUUUGGUUCUCUGGCUCAAAGCCACAGAGAGAGUAGACCCACCUUUCCCUUUCCUUGGGGAAGGGAGAGGUAUGAUAGAAGUCAGACAGAUUCUGAGCUUGUGGCCCUUGGACAAGGAAGACGACCUGGUUAUCACAACACAGCCAAGGCCCAAACACUGUAAAAUGUCUCUAGCUGCACAGCUUGCCGGAAGUACUAUCUGACUGUUGGUUUUUCCCUUCACAGGGGACGACUUAGCUUCUGUAUUCUUGCUUCCUCGGGGGUAAACAGUCAAGAAUAAAAAGUGUUCUACCACCUCA